AUGACUGAUCUCAUUUUGGAUAUGCCUAGAAAAUGGCAGUUAUAUGAUAGAGUUAGAGGAGUAGCUCUAUCCAAAGAUAGAUUUCAGUUCAUUUUCAAAUAUGAAAGGGAUCUGUUGGAUGUAUUACACCGUGGACCUCAUACCAGUAAUAUGUGGUCUAUAGUGCUCGAGAGAUGGGUGGAGAGGCCUCCGGCAGACUAUCUGAAGUUUCUAUAUGUAUGGGUUCAGAUGAGGAAUAUUCCAGUGAAUCACUACACUCCGGAAGCCAUACAUGACUUAGGCAAGUUUGCAGGUGAGGUGGUGGAAGUUCCUUUCGAUCCGGAGAAGGCUCAGACAAAGGAUUAUGUGCGGGUACUUGUGAAAUUUGAUGUAUCAAGACCGCUGAGAAGAGCUAAGAAAGUGACGAUUCCGGGCGGUGAAGAAGUUAAUAUUCUAUAUGAUUAUGAAAGGCUUCAAAAGAGAUGUUAUACUUGUCAAAGACUUACUCAUGAACAAGAGGUGUGUCCUUUUGGUAGUCUGUCGACUCUCAAGGGUGUUGGAAGAGAUCGUGAGGCGUUGGGAAACAGUAAGAUUGAGGUGGUUCCAUCGAUGGAUAUCAAUGAUCCCUUAUUCGGCUUAGUGCCUUAUAAGCUCAUGGGUAUUGAUAACCUUUCCGGAAAACCUAAGAUAGCUGAAGAAGUCUUGGAUAACAUGAGGAUCUAUAUCAGAUCAGCUGAUGGGUCAGAGAAAAUGGCGAGGGAAGAACGAGUGAAGAAGUCUCUUAAGGAGUUGGAAGAUGAUUCCUUGGGUCAAAAAACUUUUUUGAGAUUAGAGUCUCCUCCAAUUUUAUCAAACUUUCUCGAUAAAGGGAAGGGAGUGGUCUUUGAUUUCAAUGCCAAAGAUGAUCGAAUUCAACCCUCAGAAAAACUUAUGGCUAGUGCUAUUAAGACGGGAACUAGAGUGCUUAAUUCAGGAAAAGUUCUCAGUCAGAUGGAGCGCAAAGAGGAGCCUGCGGAGUCUGUUCAGUCGGUUUUUAUUCAGGAGGGUUCAACGGGUUAUAGUAUUGGUUUCAAUGAAACUAGUGCUUCCGGGACCACCCUGAAGAAGACAUACAAAAGGAGACGCCCUGGCACUUUUACUAGAAAAGCUAAUGGGAAAGGAAUUGCGAAAGGAUCAACCAAACCAGGGAAAAAUGUGGGAGAAGGGAUGAUUUCAGAAACAAAGAGGAAGGCAGAUGAUGAUGUCGAGCCAUCUCAAAGCUCUGCAAGGUUUAAGAAACCAUUGGUGGUCCCAAUUGAGGGACCGCCCAAUAUCUGA